UUAAUUCAUGAACUAAUUUAUGUCCUUGUUUAUUUUUUUUAUAGAAAUGAAGAGAAAGAGGACUCUGCAUAGUUGGUUUGCAAGUAGUUCAAAUACACUUCCUAUUGUUCCUGAAUCCAAUGUUGCCCCAAUUAAUGUUAUUGUUCAGCCUACCCUCAUAGAGAUCAUAAUCCCCAAUGAUCCAACAAAUGGGAGCACUAAUCCCUCGGUUGAUGAGAGCACCAAUCCCACUUCAAAUGAGAGAACCAAUCCCCCAACCGAUGAGAGCACAAACCAACCAGCACCACCAACACAAUAUAUAUUAGAAUUUCAUCCAAGUCAGAUUUUUGGUGAUCCGGCGGAUCGAAUACCAAUAGAAGAUUAUGCCCCUGAAAUUCGAAGUGAAGUGAGAAGAGCUUAUUUGUUGAAAGAGCGAAACAAAGCAAGUGGGCAUAAAUUUGAAGUCACAUUGGACGGUAAAAUUUGGAGAUCUUUUCAACCACAAUGGCUAGAUAGGUUUGAUUGGUUGGAAUAUAGUGUCGCAAAGGAGGCUGCCUUUUGCUUCCCUUGUUUUCUUUUCAAGAAACCAUCACAGGCUGCUACAUUUGGAAAUGAUGUAUUUACCAUAGAUGGUUACAAAUGCUGGAAAACAGCUUUGGCAAGUUUUCAAAAACAUGUUGGUGGUCCAUCUAGUUACCACAACAUUGCUAGAGGCUUGUGUGAUGAUUUCAAGAAUCAAAGGGCCAAUGUGGCUACCAAAUUUCGAGCACAUACUAAAGAAUCUGAAAUAAAAUAUAAAAUCCGUUUGACCGCAUCAUUAGAUUGUGCAAGGUAUCUCAUAGCUCAAGGGGAAGCUUUUCGUGGACAUGAUGAGUCCUCCGAUUCCGUAAACAAAGGCAAUUCAGGCAGUUCUUGGAUUGGUACAAAGACAAGAACAAAGAUGUGAAAGAUGCAUUUGACAAUGGGCAAGGUAAUGCACUUAUGAUAUGUUCACAUAUUCAAAAGGACCUUGCUACAUGUUGUGCUUUGGAGGUAACCAAAGUCAUCAAGAAUGAGCUUGGAGAUAAGAAUUUUGCGAUACUUGUUGAUGAGGCUAGAGAUUGCUCAAUAAAGGAGCAAAUGGCAAUAAUUUUGAGAUUUUUGGAUGAUAAUGGGGAGCUUCAGGAGAGAUUUCUUGCUAUUAAGCACAUCACAGAUUGCACAUCUGCCGGAAUUAAAGAAGCAUUGUUUCAUGUCUUAAAGUACCAUGGCUUGUCUAUUAAUAGGCUACGUGGACAGGGUUAUGAUGGGGCUUCAAACAUGAGAGGAGAAUUCAAUGGUUUGCAAAAGCUAAUUCAUGAUGAGAGUCCAUAUGCUUUCUAUGUUCACUGUUUUGCCCAUCAGUUGCAACUAGUGGUUGUCACAGUGGCUCAAUGUUGUCCGGUUAUUGCUGAUAUUUUCAACUUUCUUCCCUUGAUAGUGACUCAGGUGGGUUCAUCCUGCAAAAGAAAAGAUGCAUUGCUUGCAAAGCAUCAAGAUGACUUGAUAGAGAUGAUGGAGAAUGGUAAGAUAUCAUCUGAAACUGGUUUACAUCAAGAAACUAACCUAGCUAGACCAGGAGUUACUCGUUGGGGCUCACAUCUUAGAACCUUGCUUCGUGUUUACACAAUGUGGAAUGCAGUGGUGGAUGUGCUUGCAAUUGUGAUUGAGGAUGCCCGGGAACACACUUCUCAAGGUGGAGCUUUAGGUUUGUUGGUACAGAUGGAAUGCUUCCAAUUUGUGUUCAUCAUGAUAUUCUUAAUAAACUUGUUGAACAUCACAAAUAUGCUAUCACAAGCUUUGCAAAGGAAGAAUCAAGAUGUUGUUGAAGCCAUGCAAUUGAUCUUGGAUGUGAAAGAAGCUUUGCAAACUAUGAGGGACAAUGGGUAUGAGCCAUUAUGUGAGCAAGCAAAAAACUUUUGUGAGGAACAUGGCAUUGACGUGCCAAAUAUGGAUGAUCUUGUUGGAGCUAUGGGGCAAUCUGCUCGAAGCAAGAAUAAGGUGACUCGAGAUCAUUAUUUCAGGGUGAGCAUAUUCAAUGUUGCGAUUGAUGCAACUCUCACUGAGAUGAACCACCGAUUCAAUGAAGUUAACACCGAGUUAGUGGAUUGCAUGUCUUGUCUUAAUCCAGCUAACAACUUCUCAAAGUUUAAUGAUGAGAAACUUAUUCGGCUUGCUGAAAUUUAUGUUGAAGAUUUUACACAAGCUGAACGGCUGUUGCUAAGAUACGAGCUUCCAACAUUCCUUACAAAUAUUAGGAGAAGUGAGGAAUUUAAUGGAUGUCCGGAUAUUUCUACUCUUGCUCAUUUGAUGAUCCAAACAAUGAAACAUAGAACUUUCCAAUUGGUAUAUCGCCUUAUCGAGUUGACAUUGAUUCUUCCAGUGGCAACUUCGUUGGUUGAGCGAAUAUUUUCAGCAAUGAAGGUCAUCAAAACCGAUUUGCACAAUAAGAUAUCAGAUGAUUGGCUCAAUGAUUUAAUGGUAUGCUACUGUGAGAAAAGGAGAUUUAAAAGUAUUCCAGAUGAUCAAAUUAUGAUACGAUUUCAGAAAAAGAAAAACCGCAAAGGACAUUUGCCUCCUGAGUAUGAUGUUAUUUCUUAG